UUUUUCUCAGGGCGCGUAUUUUUGAGAGCUCAGCAAAAAAGAGUUUUACUGUUUAUAACAAAAAAUUUUAAGAGCAAACUGUCGCUUAAGCCAGGAAGGUCACAGGUUGACGACCGACGACCGCCACCUCUCUCCCUCCCCCCGUAGAUUGAGGUUAUCCCUGUUUACAACGCACUCACGCCGAGUGCUCGGCUUGCUUUGGCUCAUUUAGCCCCUGGCACGAAUUUCCAGAACCGUGCUAUGUCGAUCAGAGGGUCCAAUAAAUUUGUGACUUCGACGAAAUCAAAACGAAUAGAUACAGAAAUGGCCAGUUUCUGACACUACCUGUGGAGAGAAAAAAAUAGAGCAAGAAGAAAAAGUCAAGAAGAAGCACGAAGUUCUCUCAUCAUCUGUAUCUGUCAAACGAAAGGUUAGUGGUUUUAAUGGCGCUGUUACAAGAAUCUCAUGGCUGACGGGGACCAAAGGAUCAUGAGCCGCGGUGCCAGUCCUUCCAAAGAUGGAAAACCUCCGUACAGCUAUGCUGCACUCAUACGCCUUGCUAUUAGUAAUGCCCCAUCUGGGAAGAUGACUUUGAAUGAAAUUUAUCAAUAUAUUAUUCACGCUUUCCCAUACUACAGAGCGAUUGGAACAGGAUGGAAAAAUUCCAUCCGUCACAACCUAUCUCUUAACAAAUGCUUCACUAAAAUAUCACGUACUAAAGAUGAUCCUGGCAAAGGAAGCUAUUGGAUUAUUGACUUCAACUACAACAAUUCUGACGGUGCUGCUCGAAAAAAACGUCAACCAUCCUCAGCCUCUGCUGUGGGAAGGCAAUUACCUGCGCCCUAUAGCCCUGAAUGCAGCAGCAAUAGCAGUGACUUUGCUCGUCAACAUACUGCUGUUGCGUCAAAUGGAGAUACUGGGCAUGAGGGUACAUCAGAUAGCACUCUAGAAAGCUGUGUGCAGAACAACAUCCCAACCGGUGCCGCUAAUGGAAAUGAAGACACUAAAGCAUUUGAUAAUUUGCCAGAGGAGACACCUUGUGUGGAUGACUUGGAUUUAUGUGAUGAAAAGGAGCUGUCUGCUGUUUUAACUGGUUUGCUGUCACAAUAUGGAAUGCUCCCACCAGGAGAAUUGUCUCCAGGGGAGGCAAGCAACACUUUCCCUGAUAGUGUUUCAUCUCAUCAAACCUCAGCCAGCACUCGAGAUCAAAGUGAAUAUGUACAAGAGCCAGUGUCUAAAUACUCUUCUGGUGCACAGCACGAGCAGACACAGGCUCCACUUGCUGGGAUGGUGCACUCCCCCACACUAAUGGAAGAGGAACCUCAAAAUAAAAAUCGUGUGGUUUGUGAACCAAAACAUGUGACACAAGUGCUUCAAUCCAGUGAUCUUGAAAAUCAGUGCAACUUCAGUUCAGGCUGUGGACUGCAAACAUAUUCUGAACAAAAUCAUUAUUAUGGAAGCAAUUCUCAUAAUUUGCAGCCCAAUCACCAUCAUAUGCAGUCCAGCGUACCACAACACAGUUCAAGCUGGAUGCAGCCGAUGGAUUACUACAACAACCAGUCAAAUUAUUUUAGUGCAGAUAAUAGAGCUGUUCAGUAUAAAUCGUAUGGAUCUCAUUAUUACCCACAAAUGCAUCAGCAAGUUAACAAUAAUUGUUCUCAAUAUAGUAACAAUGGAUAUUGUGCCCCUGUUUCAACACACCCCUCAUCAGGUUCGAUAGGAAAUUUUUCUCAUCAAACUUCAUGGCUCAGAAAUGGUGGCGUAGAUUGUAAUUGGGAAAACACUCUCUAAUAUGUAUUGUUAUUAAUACUGUAAUUAGAUAUGUACCUCAUUUGUUUGGUUGUGUUCAUUGUGUAAGACUGAAUACUGUUACUGUUUCUUUAGACCUCAUUUCCCCACUGUCAAAUCUUUACACUGUUAAUUGUUACUGGGCCUCUGUAGACUUAAUCCAUCGUUAUGUUUCCUCAAAUUUUGUUUAAUUUUCUGAGUAACUUUGUGUCAUCAUCUUAAAAUGAGGUAUGGUUUCAGAAACAUUUUUCCUCUUUAACAUGUUUAAAAUUCGCAAUUGAUGACUAUUUAUAUGAUUGUGUUACCUAUCUUGUGAUGUCUAAACUUUGUUGUUUUCUCUAUUAUUUGUUUUACACAGAUUGUUCUUUCUUUUUGUUUUUAAACAAAAAAAAAUUAUAUUAGAUAAGUUAGAGCAUAUUAUCAGUUCAGCAUCAAUUAGAGUGAAAACCUUGGUUUAGGGUCUGUUGACGGCGGCGUGGACAGUAGGCUCGGUGUGCUUAAACCUUGACCAUAACGCAUGAAUGAACCGUACUGCCGCGGACUCUGGACCACCUGUACGCUCAUCCGGCUUGCUAGGCAAGAGCUGGAGGCUCACGCUGGACAGAGCCAUUUGUUGAAAGUCCAGCCUCAAAACUUAGACCCUUGUGGUCUGCAAAGCAACAAUAAAAUUGGCUAUCUUCUAUCAAAAUUUUCCCAUUUGUCUUGAAGAAUUUUCAUGUUAUUUUCCGUCUCAAAGACAGUAUCUACACUUCUACUAUUGUACGCAAAUGUAAGGAAGUUUUGAGCAUAUGUGCUGUUAUUUUUAUUUUUCCUAUUUUAAAUCGUGAUAGAUUGAGAUUCAAUUCUCUUGUGUGGUUACCUUAACUUUUACUACCAUUGUUAAGCUAUUUUUAAUGAAGUGCGAAUUAAAGCAUUUCUUUGUUGUGUAAGAAAGCUUGUUUGUCAGGAAAGUUAUUUAUCAACCAUGUUGUUCUAUUUAUAUCUUAGCAUUUUCAUCUAAGUUUAUUUGUUCCUCAAGGAAUUGUGAGUGUGUACUUAAUGUGUUUGUUUCUCUUGUGGUUUCCCUUUCUUUCUUUCUUUCUUUUUUAAUUUCUAAAAAGAAAGUUCAGUGACCAAUAAUAGAUUUAUCAAUAAGAUCUGGAGAAUGUCACUAUGUUCUCUUUAUGUUAGUGCAAUAUUACUUCCACAGUCACCACAGUUAGUGUGAAGAGGCACGCAACUAUCUCAAAUCAAAUCCAAGUAGGGAUUUGGUUUGUUUGUUAAUUGUACUGUACCAAUUCUGCUAUAUUAUUUGUGCUCACGCUCUUCAUGUUAGUUGAAUUUCAGAACUUUCCCUCCUCUAACUCUCUGAAUUCAAAAUGUGCAAUGCCUUUUUAGUUGUUAUAAAUCAAGGGCCAAUGAUUAAGUUACUUUUUAAAAUUUUCAAUGUGGGCAGGCUUGUAGAAUACAUUUUUUUUUUUCUAAAUGUGCUUAUGUAAUUUGUUUUAGUGGUAACUAAGCUUUGAAUUUUAUUUAAUUGUAGUUGUUUAGCUCUUCAUGUACAAGGUAUCAUGCAUUGAAUACUCAUUUUUCCUUCAACCAGAUUGUUGACUAUGUAUUUAUACUGCUUUGAGUUGUAAAUGUUCUGCAAAUCAAGACUAAAUCUGAUAUGGGAUAACGAAAUAGACGCAUUGAGCUUUAAGGCAGUAUUUACUUAGAGAACCGUUAUGCUUUGUGUGAAAUUCUUCUGGAUUCCACUAAAUUGUUCAUUGUAUACAUUUCAUAGCAUGCUCAGCGUCACAUUGUGUGUUGAAUGUAGAAUUGAAAUUGCUAUGUUAUUACCCAGCUCUCUGGUUUUGUUUCAAAACUUUUUUAGUCUUACUACCAUGCACAGCAUUCGCUGAUCUCAUGCAACCUUCAAUUGGCUACUACAGCAGAAUGUACCUGAAAACUUGUUGUGUCUUCCUUCAGCACCUUGUCAAUUGUUCCUGUGUUUAAUUUUUGGAGAUCAUACUCUGGUCACUAUCCCAACCGCUGUAUGUUAUAUCCACCUUUUGUCUUAGUUCCUAUUAGCUUUCCUUCAGUCAUUUGCUCAAUAAUAUUGGCUUCUCUGUGCCAUUCUUAGGCUAAAUUGUCGAGUUGGAAAUAAAUGUAAAAUUCAA